AUGAAAAAUACUAAAAAAAUCAACUCCAAAAUAAAGGAAGAAAAAGAAAAAUUGAUAAACGAAAUAAGCAAGAUAAAUAAAGAAAUAGAAGUUGAGAAAAAAAAUGUAGAAGAUAUUAAUUCAAAAAUAAAAAAUAUAGAUGAUAAUAUAUUUUUGGGUUACCACGAUUUAAAGAUAUUGAAAUUAGAAUUAAAAAAUAAAGAAAUAGAGUUAGAGGAAAAUAAGUCAUUUAAGUUUUUAUCUUCUAGAAAAAUUGAAAAUAUUAUAAAUAGAUAUGUAUUAAAGUGUUAUGAAACCUUUCUAGAUAAUCUCACAAAAAAUGAAAUAAAUAUAUAUGAGCAUUCUAAAACUACAGAAAUAGAAAAAAAAAAUCAACAAUCAAAUAAAGAUUAUGAUAAACUAAUAAAUGUUACAAAUAUUCAACAUUUAAAUAAAUUAAAUUCUAUUGUUUUGUCUCAAAAUGAAAUGAUAGACGAAAUUAACAGUAGAUUUACUAGUACCCUCAAAGAAAUAAGAAAAAACUACUCCAAAAAAAUUAAUCUGGAGAGAGAUAAAUUAGAUAGAAAAAGACAAAAAUUUAUUUUUAAUCUACAAAAAGAUAAAAAUGAAAAUAUAAAAAAUAUUUUAGUAGAAUAUAAUGAAAAUAUUUUAAAUACACAAAAUUAUUUUAAAUUAAUAUUAAAUGAUCAAUUAGGAAUGAUUCAAAAAUUAGAGGACGAUAAACUUAAUAAAAAAAAAAAUUAUUUGUCUAAAAUGAAAUAUUUAGAAGAAUUCAAAAAAAAUAUAUCAAUUCAUAAAAAAAAAUUAGAAAAUUUAGAUAAAGAUGUAGAGUUAUUAGAAAAAAAUAUUAUUGAUUAUGAAAAACUAAAAAUAAGUUUGAAAAAAAUUAAAGAAAAAAGAAAAAAACAGAUAAAGGUCCUAGAAGAAUUAAAAUUAGAAACAGAUAUAAAAAAAAUGCUACUCACAAAAAUUUGCAAGGAAUAUGAAAAAAUAUAUAAUAAAAAUAGGAUGAAGUUAUAUACGUAUCUACAAAAAUUAUUAUUAGAAAAUUAUUUUUUAGAAACAAAGAAAAAAUUAAAAAAUGAAUCUCUAGAAAUAAAUACAAUAGAGUUGGGAAAAUGGCAAGAAUCAUUUAACCCAGGACAAAAUGAAAUAUUGAAUAAUGCCUUAAAUGAAAAAUUUCAAAAAUUUGAAAUAUUAAAAAAAGGAAUAGAAUAUAUGAUAGAUCUAUAUGAAAAAAAUAAAGAAAAUUAUGAAUCCAUAAUGCACUUAAAUUAUUAUUCAAAUCGCGAUUUAGAUAUUUUAAAAAGAGAAAAUGCACCGUAA